CCUGCUCGCGGACAUUCACCCUUCCUUCACCUCCAAAUCAGCUCCCUUACGCGUAUAUAUAUUUUAAAAAAUCCAAGUCUUACUUUCAAAGCACACACUUAGUCUCAACUAGGGAAUCAACAGAAGCAGAAGCGAUUUUUUUCCCCCUUCUUGACAUCUGGCUUGCGAUUGGCUGGAAGGGGGUCAGCUGACUUUGUCAUUUUGUCUGUCCUGGAUUGGAGCCGUCCCUAUAACCAUCUAGUUCCGAGUACAAACUGGAGACAGAAAUAAAUAUUAAAGAAAUCAUAGCCCGACCAGGUAAAGGCAAAGGGAUGAAUUCCUACUUCACUAACCCUUCCUUAUCCUGCCACCUCGCCGGGGGCCAGGACGUCCUCCCCAACGUCGCCCUCAAUUCCACCGCCUAUGAUCCAGUGAGGCAUUUCUCCACCUACGGAGCGGCUGUUGCCCAGAACCGGAUCUACUCGACUCCCUUCUAUUCGCCACAGGAGAAUGUCGUGUUCAGUUCCAGCCGGGGGCCGUAUGACUAUGGAUCUAAUUCCUUUUACCAGGAGAAAGACAUGCUCUCAAACUGCAGACAAAACACCUUAGGACAUAACACACAGACCUCAAUCGCUCAGGAUUUUAGUUCUGAGCAGGGCAGGACUGCGCCCCAGGACCAGAAAGCCAGUAUCCAGAUUUACCCCUGGAUGCAGCGAAUGAAUUCGCACAGUGGGGUUGGCUAUGGAGCGGACCGGAGGCGCGGCCGCCAGAUCUACUCGCGGUACCAGACCCUGGAACUGGAGAAGGAAUUUCACUUCAACCGCUACCUAACGCGGCGCCGGCGCAUCGAGAUCGCCAACGCGCUCUGCCUGACCGAGCGACAGAUCAAAAUCUGGUUCCAGAACCGCCGGAUGAAGUGGAAAAAGGAAUCUAAUCUCACGUCCACGCUCUCAGGGGGCGGCGGAGGGGCCGCGGCCGACAGCCUGGGCGGAAAAGAGGAAAAGCGGGAAGAGACAGAAGAGGAGAAGCAGAAAGAGUGACCGGACUGUCCCUCCACCCCUCUCCUUCUCCUCCGCUCCCCCAGCGCCCUCCUGACCACACACUCUGUAUUUAUCACUGGCACAAUUGGUGUGUCUUGACACCCUAAGAAAAAUUAGGGAGUCAGAUAUGGACCUGAAAGUAAACUCUGGACCCCCGCCCUCACCGCACAAACUCUCUCACUGCGCGCCGCCGCCUCCUCCUCCUCCUCCUCCUUCUCCUCCUCCUCCUCGCUCCCUCGCUAGCUCGUUCUCGGCUUGUCUGCAGGCCCCUUCCCCCGCCCAGGCCUUGGGGGCUCUGUCCCUGAACCUCGCUUCAGACUCCGCUGUUCUCCCUCAAAUGAGGACUUGGCCUCCCGCCCCCUCGGCGCCCCCUCCCGCCCCUGCGCAGAGAGCCGGCUCCCGGGCCCGGGGCCUCCACUCCGGGGCCUUAGGGCCCGGCCUGGCGGCGGGGAGGGCGGGAGGCCCAAGGAGGGCGCGUCUUGGCCCCACAGCCACCCCCAGGGCCUCCCCGCAGCCCCUGCCCGGCCCCUCUGCCCCAGCAAAUGCCCAGCCCAGGCGAAUUGUAUUUAAAGAAUCCUGGGGGUCAUUAUGGCAUAUUACAAACUGUGACCGUUUCUGUGUGAAUAUUUUUAGCUGUAUUUGUGGUCUCUGUAUUUAUAUUUAUGUUUAGCACCGUCCGUGUUCCGAUCCCAUCUUAAAAAGGGAAAAAAAAAAAAAAAAGAGAGGGAAAAUUACAAAAAGAGAAAAAAAGUGAAUGACGUUUGUUUAGCCAGUAGGAGAAAAAAAAAAUAAAUUCUAAAAGAUCCCCUCGUGUUACCCUCCUGUAUAAAUCCGACCUCUGGAUCCGUCCCCGAAUAUUUAAUAAAACUGAUAUUAUUUUUAAAAGUUUAUAUCGGGA